AUGGCUAGAACGAAGCAAACAGCAAGAAAAUCCACUGGUGGUAAAGCACCAAGAAAACAACUAGCCUCCAAGGCUGCAAGAAAGUCGGCCCCAUCUACCGGUGGUGUCAAGAAGCCUCACAGAUAUAAGCCAGGUACUGUUGCCUUAAGAGAAAUCAGAAGAUUUCAAAAAUCUACGGAGCUUUUGAUAAGGAAGUUGCCAUUUCAAAGAUUAGUGAGAGAAAUUGCUCAAGAUUUCAAGACUGAUUUGAGAUUCCAGUCCUCUGCUAUCGGUGCUCUUCAGGAAUCCGUCGAGGCUUAUCUAGUUUCGUUAUUCGAAGACACCAAUUUGGCUGCUAUUCACGCCAAGCGUGUUACUAUUCAAAAGAAGGAUAUCAAGUUGGCUAGAAGACUAAGAGGUGAGAGAUCAUAA